GAACGCCUGAUCGUUAGUGCUACAGGGCGUUACCUUGAUUAUAUCGUUAGUACUACAGGGCGUGACCUUGAUUAUGAAGCGAUUCGCUUUCAUUUCCUGACAUACUCCUCGAAUUCAACACUCGUGUCUGUCAUUGUCUGGCUCUCUCAUUCACGUUCACCAGCAAUGUCACCUUCAAAGCUGAGAGCAUCAGCUGCUGCUCUCCUGGCUGUGUUCUCUACAUUUGGUCAUACACUCGAAGUCAGCCCAGAUUCACCAUGCGCCUCGAAGUGCACAGACCGAAAUAAAGGCAACUCAAGUUGGAGAAAUCAGUCCCUUACCUUCAACGACAUGCUUCCGUGUUAUAAUUGGGAAUACUCGGGACAGAAUUCAACCGCUGCAGCUUUGAAGUUUCGUACUUGCCAGGAAUGCCAGAUGAGCAGCGGUUGGCAAGUGACAUUUAUGGAUGAUGGUACACAGUACACCGAGCAGGACUCUACGUGGUUUCUCUUCAACAAUAAAGGUGUGGUGGACUGGUGUCUGUUUGGUCGCUUCGACAACGAGGAAAAUAAGAAUAUAUCUGCGUCGUCAAUUCACGAACGCUGCAGUGACAGCUGUAGCAAAAUACGCUCGUCCAUCGACUAUAACAUAAAAAGCGAUCCAGGAGGUUUCGACUUUUGCGAACACAACACCAGCGCGAAUUUCACGUCCGAUGCCGAGUCCUGCGUAACAUGCUUAUACGGAAAUGAAGACCUGACAAUACUGGGCAACGUCCUUACAACGGUGCAGGAGAUGUGUGAGAAAAAGCCAGGCAAGAACUACACGGUCCCUGCAAACGUCUCAGUAUAUGCCGCGGACCGAAUUCAACUUUCUGCGACUCCAUCAUCGUCGUCGCCUGCCUCGUCGUCCCUCUCACCAGCAACCCAGGACACGAGCUCUGGGCUCUCGAAAGGCGCAGUCGCUGGCAUUGUUCUCGGCGCUUUACUCGCCAUCAUAGCAUGUCUUGGUCUCAUACUUCUACUGCUGAAAAGGAGAAAGAACAAACUCCAAGCUGGUGGAGUGUCGAAGAACGAUGGGCAUGAACUCCAUGGUUAUGAAAAUAAUCAUUUACAAAUGACAGAUAAGGACCGCUAUGCGUAUGCGGCCGAGGCACCGACAUAUCAGGCGCCCAUAGAAAUUGGUGACGACCACGGGCUGAACGAGAUGCCAGCUACGUCCACACAUCCUGCUCGAGGCAGUAGGUGACCUCUCACUUGAGACAUGUCUGGGGGAGCCUGGAGGGAUUCUGGAAAGCUUGAUGGCAGUCGGAUAAUGUGUGAAUCGAAUAUUAGUCACAGAGAAACCGUUGGAGCUACGGGGGACUAGUUGCCUCA